UCAACAACACAGGACACAUGAGAAUCGGAAACUUCAUCUGGAUAUCGAAAAACAGCGUUAUAAUACCUGUGAAAGUAUAUAUAUAUAUGUAUUAGUUGAAAUAAAAAAAUCGUGGAAUGACAUCCUCUCAAAAUGUGGAAUUAGGUCUAUGUGAAAACCAGUGUCUGUGACCCCACAAUGGAUAAAGCGGAGAACCAGAGGAGUCAGGGAGGCUUGGCUGCCGAAGAGAUACUGGAUGAAUAUUUAAUCGCCCUUCAGCACAAAAACAGGAUCUUAAAGAGACUGAAAACGAAAGAGCCCAAGGAGAUCGAGCUAGAGCGUCUGGAGCAGGGCUUCUCCAUCUAUCUGAAUGGCGCUAACGCUAGCAAGCUGACCAAGAGACCCAACCAGAAGUCUGCCACCUCGCCACCGCCGGCUCUGAGAGCUACACACACGGCUGAUGCCUCCAGAAGGGGUUUGCAGCUAGCAGAGGAGGAGAUCCACAAUCUGGAGGUGAACAGUAGCAAGAGGAGUCACACCGCCCCGGGAAAAGUGCAGAGGAGAGAAUGGGUUCAGAAGUCGGUCAAUAUUCAAACAGAACAAGGACCCUGUUUGCGGAUAUCUCCAGAGAGACGGUACUCUGAAGACUUUGAACCCUACGACAGCAUAGAGAUGGAGCGGUCGAGUCCACGUUCUCCUCGUAGCCCCCUGCGAAACUCCUGUAAGGUGUCAUGUUCGUUUGGCUCCAGGGCUGAUGGCCGAGGAGGUAGCCAGGCGGAGCCUGAACAUAAAAACGAACGGGUCCUACUGAACAUCGACGAGGUCAAGGUGCUUCGACGGAGCCUGGAGGUGAGCGUGCGGAGGAGCAGUGGCAGCCGGGGGUCGGCGGGGGAGGAGUCGGACGAGGAGUGGGUGGAGGAGCAGAUAGAGAGGGAGGAGAGCACGGAGAGCCUGGAGGAGCUAGGCCUGCCUCCUUCCUCCUCCAACAAAACAUCUACUAACAUGAACCAUCCGCGAGCCACUGGGCCCAAAGGCUGCCUUCACGACCCUGCAGAGCUCAUGGUGCUGGACUUUGGGCCCUCUCCUAAAGGCCAGAAGAUCGAGCGUUCGUUGUCAGCCAAGCGGAAAGACAACAUGGAAGCCUACGUCCCCACCAAGCCUCUGCUGGUGAAGAGCAAAACUCUGGACAGGCCCUCUUCAAAGGAGUGCAGGGAUGGCAGAGAUCCUCAACGGCCGAGGAGUCGUGUAGAGCGCCCCCUGUCUGCAGCGAGGAAGGUCUCCCAAGAGGAGCGCGACUCAGAGGAGACGGCGUGCAGGGUGCUCCAAGCCCUGCAGAUAGAGAACAGCCCACUGCAGAGCCCCGAGCCCAGGGCCUUCAGCCGCACCCCGGUGAGAGGACACCAGAUGAUGAACGGCUCGCUGCGUGACGACGAUGACGACAAGGAAAGUGGGGUGACCAGAGCCAUGCAGAGAAUCACCCUGAUGGGACCCAGGCAACAGCAGAGACUACUAAAGGCGUUGGAGAAACUGGAGGCAGGCACAAACUUUGACAUCCCUCAGACAGUGAAAACGGACAAAAGCAAACCACCGAAGAGGCGGGUCUCGGCCGAGGCACCGCCCACCGUAUACGUCACCAUGGAGAUCCUAAGUAACUGGGGGAACAGGGGCCAGGUGGGGCUGACGGAGAUGCAGUUCUUCGGCCCAGGGAACAGGAAGCUGUACGUGUCGCCACACGACCUGGACAUCCGGAACGCCGACUACCCUGGGAACCUCGGAGCGCUGGUCAACGGGAAAGCUAAAACCACGAAGGAGCGUCAUAUGUGGACCUGUCCUUUCCAUCCUCCGGUCCAGCUCUACUUCAUCAUUAGGAACACGGAGCGCUCUCCGGACUUUGAGAUAUCCCGGAUCAAGAUCUGGAACUACAACAAGAGCAUCAAUCUGCUCCUGCCUCCCGCCCUGCUGCUGUCACAAAGGGGACGGACGGGGGCACAAAGCCCAGGCAACCAGGGAUCUGUCUGGAACUAUGGAUGUUAUGGGUUGAUAUUAACCGUGUCUCUGUUCAUUGAGUCCUUUGUUAGGUAUUGGUGGUGUGUUUUAAGCUGCGAGGACCUGGACAUUGGCGCCCGGCAUGUGAAUCUUUACCUCAACAGCACGCUGGUGUUCGAAGGCGAGCUGGACAAGGGCUGUGGCAACCAGGUCUUCGACUACAGCACCAGCAUUGCCCUCCAGGCACUCCAAGUCCCAGAAUCCUUCUCUCCCAGCCCCGUGGUGUCCGGACACAUUCUCUGUGGCGCCAGCCCACAGCGCCAUUAUGACAGGAACAUGGAGGGGAACAGCGGAGGGCACCAUUGUGACCCCAACCCCAACCACGGACUCACUCUCUCUGAGGGGCUGGCCCAGGUCAGAAUAGACUUGCAGGAUAAAACCUACAACCCCCUCUCCCCCAUCGCCCCCACAUCUACACACCGUCUCCUACAGAGGAACUCCAUUGACAUGGACCCUCCGGAACUGGACCUUCCCCACCCCCCUCUGAAACAGCAGCUGGAGCAGUCGGGUCAACCCACAGAGUGCACAGUCACCACGCAGCCUUCCUCCUCCAGGACUCCCCAGUGGCUACAACCCAUGUCCCGGAGCGCCCCAGAGGGCUGCGAGGCUGCGAGGGAGAAGCCCCUCUGGCUAGUGCCCCAGCAAUCUGUGGAGUCCAAACCUUCCCUCCCACAAUCCUCCUCCACCUCCACCUCAGUGCUCCCAGAGCUGGGCUGUAACCCAGGGAGGGUGUGUCGUGGGGUGGAGAGGACGGUGAACGAGGGCCAGGCGAGUGCAGACUCUCUGGACCUGGGAGGUGACCUGCUGGAGGAGCUGAGUGACCAGCAGCGCCAGGACCAACCUGUUAGUGGACGUAGGAGCUCAGCCAGGCAUAAUAACACUAGUACUACCAGCAGCAAACCAGCAGUGGAGCACCAGCAUGGAGCCAUUGGACUGUCCAUAGAGGAGCCAGGUUCAGACAGCAGCAACCGGAGGCAGCAGCGUACCCCCCGGGCCCAGCUCCGCAGCCAGCAGGACCAUGACGACACCCUCAUGGAGUCCUGGGACUCCCUCACCAAGUUCAACCAGUGCCAGCGUGGUCGCAUCUCCAACAUGAGCUUUGAGGGUGACAUCUUUGACGAGUUCCUCCAGCGUUCCUCCAGAGCCGCCACUAUUGCCAUAAUCCCCUCCUCCGGCCCAGGAGCCUCCCCCUGCAGCCCCAUCCCCCACUCCUCCCACCUCUCCUCCCCCGCCCCUCAAGGGGGCCUCUGCGAUGACCCAGAGGAUGACCUUUCCGCCGAGGCGGAGCGCGAGGAGGAGUUUGAGAUUCCGGUCCUCCCACGUGGUCAACGUCUGGUCAUUAAAAUCCUGUCCACGUGGGGCGAUCGCCACUAUGUGGGCCUCAACGGUCUCGAAGUCUUCAGCUCCAGCGGUCAGCCCCUCCUUCCCACCCGAAUCCGCGCCGACCCGCCUGAUAUCAACGUGCUGCCUGCCUACGGAAAGGACCCGCGUGUGGUCACCAACCUGAUCGAUGGCGUCAACCUCACACAGGACGACAUGCACCUGUGGCUGGCACCUUUCACCCAGGGGAGGAGUCACGUGAUCUACCUGGAGUUCGCCGGGCUGUGUCAGGUGGCCAUGAUAAGAGUGUGGAACUACAACAAGUCCAGGAUCCACUCGUUCAGGGGGGUGAAGGAAGCUGAAAUGCUGCUGGAUGGGAGGUGCAUCUUCAGGGGAGAGAUCGCCAAGGCGUCAGGGACUCUGUCUGGACCAGUUCGGGACACCAUCUUGUUCACCACGGACGAUGAGAUCCUGGAGGCCAUGUCGCGCUAUGACGAGACGUUCUGCGGGGAGGCAAAGGGCUCCGAGGGGCUGGUGGGGUAUGAGGAGGAGCUGCAGAGGCCCCGCACGGCCGACGGAGAGGGGGAGGAGAGACCUUUCACCCAGGCUGGCUUCAGACCCGAGGACGACCUCACUUUAAACCUCCAUCUGAACCCUACUGUUGGUCAGUCUGAGGAGACCCUGGAGCAGAUCCCAGGAAUGUACAAUGGAAAAUGCCUUAGGAUAGAGUUGAGUAUGACGUGGGGGGACUCCCACUACCUGGGCAUGACGGGGUUAGAGGUGGUGGGGAAGGAGGGGGACAGCCUGCCUCUGGACCUGACCAUGGUGAACGCCUCGCCACGGGACCUCAACGACCUGCCUGAGUACGGCCAGGACACACGCACCCUCGACAAACUCAUUGACGGCCACAACAUCACCACUGAGGACCAGCACAUGUGGCUGAUCCCAUUUUUCUGUGGCCAGCACCACACCCUGACAGUGAACUUUGACAAGGCACAGACAGUGGCUGGCCUCCGCAUCUGGAACUACAACAAGACCCCAGAGGACUCCUACAGAGGGGUAAAGGUGAUCCAUGUGUCUCUGGACGAUACACUCAUCUCUCCAGCAGAGGGCUUCCUCAUCAGGAAGGGACCAGGGAACUGUCACUUUGACUUUGCUCAGGAGAUCCUCUUCAUCGACUUCCUUCAGAACCCCACCACUGGCCUGGUCAACAGCAAGACUACAUCAGAGGACCUGGUCUAUACACUCAAAGCUGGUUCCAAAAGACAGGAGCAGCCCAGCAUGGACUAUGAGGCCCCCAUCAUGCCUUGUGGAUUCAUCUUCCAGCUGCAGCUGCUGACCACCUGGGGUGAUCCCUACUACAUCGGCAUGAACGGCCUGGAGUUCUAUGACCAGAACGACGAGAAGAUCCCCCUCAGUGACAACAAUAUCGCUGCGUUCCCAGACAGUGUGAAUGUCCUGGACAGUGUAAACGGUGAUAUAAGGACUCCAGAUAAGCUGGUAGAUGGAGUGAACAACACUCAUGAUGGCAGACACAUGUGGCUAGCACCGGUGCUCCCCGGACUGGUGAAUCGCGUGUAUCUUAUAUUUGACCAGCCAGUGACCGUGUCCAUGAUCAAACUGUGGAACUACUCCAAGACACCACAGAGGGGGGUAAAGGAGUUUGGGCUGUUAGUCGAUGAUCUUCUGGUGUAUAAUGGCAUCUUGGACAGCGUGAGCCAGGCGGCGCGGGGCAUCCUGCCCACCUGUGACCCGGUGGUGCCCUACCACACCAUCCUCUUCACCGACAACGCCUGCAUCGCCCACCGUGAAAGGAACACUGUAAUCAGUAACUAUGUGGAGGACCAAGAUGUGAAGAUGACCAAUGAGAAUCAGAUAGUCCAUCACAACAAGAAGAAACAAACAGCUGAUCCAGCGCUUCGGCCUAAAACCUGCAUGACGGACACUGGAAAGCUGGGGAAAAGGAGGUACUGACAGACGGACUGACAGACAGACAGAUGGUGGUUGGUGUCCCACUGGUUAAUUGUAGGGAACAGUAAUGACGGGAUGAGGGUUUACUGACUAUCUGCACUAUCCCACUCAGGGGACUUUUAACACAAAGCUUUGACCAGCCGAAAAGAAAACAAUUCCCAUUGUCUUCCAUCAGUCAUUGCACUAUAGUGAAGUGUUGCCUAGCGACAGCUCAUGUGUCGGGUGGGUCUACUUUUGAAGAGGCUUGUACAGAACACAUUGGGUUUGUAUCCAUCCGCCCACAGGAUUGGCCUUCCACUUUCUGGUUGGAUUGGUUCUCUUGUCACUCCAAUCUCUCUAGACUCCUACAGAUGUAUAGUACCUGUGUAAUACUAUAUCAGAUUAAUAGUACCUUUGUAGUACUACAUCAGAUGUAUAGUACCUGUGUAGUGCUAAUAUUACAUCCAAUUAAUAAUACCUGUGUAGUACUACAUCAUAUGUAUAGUACCUGUGUAGUACUACGUCAGCACUGCAUCACAUAUGUAGAACCGUUGUAGUAGCUCCAAUUGUGAUUGUCCUUUCCACAGUCAGAGUGAACCUAUAUUAGGCUGCUAUGUCGGCCAUCUUUGUGCCUAGAUAUGUUACUAAUGUCUGUCGCUGCUCCUCUUGAUGUUGUGCUGCGUUCUGCUGCUGCUCGUGGUGCAUACCUACUCAAAGAUGAACUCCGUGGCAACAAGUACGCUCUUAGUAGAUGGGAUCUAGAUCCUACAUUUACGAAUGAGUUGUAUUCAUGAAAAGUUUAAUAUCCCCUAGCCUAGUGGCAUAUGUGCACCAACACAUCUGAAUGCUAUGGAGUAAACCAGUUAAUAUUUUCUCUAGUCUAAUAUCUCACUGUCUAAUGGUGUGUCUAGGUGCCUGUGGUGUCAGAUGGAGGUUUGACCUUUGAAAGAUUUAUAACGCAGGGUGGAUAAUAUGACUGUCUGUUCCAUAAAGUAGAAUCAGGCAUCGGUAUUGGUACAGAGUAUUGGUCACAUUGAAGCAAUAGGUCUGAAACAGUUUUAAGCCAGCCUAGGCCGCUGCAUUUGCUUAACACAAAAACAGUAUACUUGCUUAGAUAUACAUUUUGCAGCCCUGAAUAUAUUAAUAUAUAAUAUUUUUGAUUAAGUAAUAUAUUGGUGAACCUAUAGACACUAAGCACUAUGUAUUAGAAAGACAUGUUUGCAAACUAAGUGACCUUUAUUGAAGUUGUUUGAUAUGAAAAAGAUUUUUUGAGUCUCCCAUUUGUAGCGAUAGUUACCUAAAAUAUUGUUAUUUCAAAAAGUUUAAAUAUAUUAUCAAGAUAUACUUUGUCGUGUAAACAACAUUUUGGCCUUUGGUUGAAAAACACCUAAGAAUAUGUAACCAGAAACAACAUUUAAUAUUUAAUAUGCAAACACUGAAAACAUACCUCAAAUAGGUAAGAUGUGAUCUUUACAAAGGGAUGGAUCUUUGCUGAAAUCUUGUUUUAUCUUGAAUGUUUGAGUAUAAUCUAUAGUUGGCGUUGUAUACCUAUACCCAGUAGUAUUUUGUUGCAUGGACAAGUUACCACAGUUGUGGCUCCGGUUACAAAUGUAAAAAGGUAGACCCUUGUGUUUUUAAAAGAAUUUACUGCUUCAUUGAGCCACAAUAUAGCCUAUUUCUUACUAUAUACCCUUGUAUAUGAUACAUGUUGUUGUUUUUUAUGCAGUUUUAUGUAUUUGAUUUUAAAAUGUCAGUCUGUGGGUAUAGGCUUCACACUGCACCUCAGUCAUGCUUUGAGUGAUGGUGUUAUUACUGUAAGUGUGACAUUCCGUGUUCAAAUAUUUUUAUUAUUUUUUAAAUCUUGUUCAAAUAAGUGUAUAUUUUAUUUGAAUAAAUAAAAUGAAAUCCUUUUAAACCAAGUGA